UUAGCAGUCUUCUUAAAUUCUAUGAACAUAGAGGUGGUAUUCGCGAGCAUAAAAAAAAUGAAUUUAAACUAGAAUAAUUAAGGAGGUUUUUGCUGAUGCAGGCUAUAGGAAGAGCGUUUUCGACGAAAACAUUUAAUUAUAUAUGAAAAAGGAUUAGUAGCACACGCUUACAAAUUAUUUUAUUAUAAAAUAAUACACUCACUAAAAAAUUAUAACGGUACAAAUAAUAAAGUAACACAGAAAUAGUAAAAUAAUAAAAUAGAGAAAAGGUGCAAUGAGUGAAACAAGAAAAAGAAAGACAAAAAACAUUCCAAAUAACAGUAUUAGUGAUAAAGAUAAAACCAAAGAAGGUGAAACCAAGACAGUAUCCCCAAAAAGCAAUAUUCCGCUCAGAGUAUUCUCUCGUGCAGUAGUAAUAUUUUCACUACUUAUUAUAGUUUAUUUUACGUCAAACGAUGGAGCUUUUAAGAUAUUUGCCAAACAAAACGAAGUAAUAUCUGGUAAGGGCCAGAUAGUUGAAUGUUCAUCUGCGUAUCUGAGGGAAAUUGAUAAAUUCGAGGGAUGUUUCCCGAAGCAGUGCAAGAGAUUCGUCACUGAUAAAGUGAUUACAGAUAAAGAAGCCGACGAACUACUCAUGAUUGCAAAAAAGGGUCUAAAAUAUGGAGGUUCCUCUGGGGGAGCCUCUAUUCUUGAUCUGCACAGUGGGGCUUUGUCAAUGGGACAACAUUUCAUCAAUUUUUAUAAAAGAUCCGAGGGAAGAAAUGUAUUCACGGAAAAGGAUUUUACAACUUACAAAGUUGUCAAAGACAAAAUAAAGUAUUCUAUAGGGCAUUAUUUCGGAGUUAACCCAGAAAAAAUAUAUUUGACACAUCCAACUUUUUUCUCAGAGAUAACAUCAAAGGAAGCUGUAACAGUUCAUGAUGAGUACUGGCAUCCUCACGUGGAUAAAGAAACCUACAAAUCAUUCCACUAUACCACGCUUUUAUACUUAACUGACUACAAUAUUGACUUUAAAGGUGGAAGGUUUGUGUUCAUUGACGAAAAAUAUAACAGAACUAUCGAACCCAGGAAAGGACGCGUCAGCAUGUUCACUAGCGGCAAAGAAAAUUUACACUAUGUUGAAAAAGUAACGUCCGGGACUCGUUAUGCCGUAACAAUAUCAUUUACGUGUGACAAGCAAUACGCUAUUGGUGAUCCUGAUAUACGCAAAUUCAAUAAUGAUUUAUAAAAAAUAAAAAGUUAAUGGUA